UUUCCACCUCGUAGUAUCAUGAAAUGACGAAUGUACAGCGUCCAGAGGAUCUGGAAUAACAAAAAUCUGUGCAACGCGAUUUAACAUCACAUUGCGGUUUUCUCUUAUAAACAAUUUUUUUUUCCAUCGUGGAAGCUACCCUUCGAUUGUGACUAUAACUCGCAUUCUGCAUUGCGUCUGUUUUCAUGCCACGUUUCUACUGAAUAUCAGAAAAUUAUUCAUUAUUUUAGUUAAACAGUCAAUCCAAAAAUGACAAGAAUACGGAGAAUCUGCUGCAUUGGAGCCGGUUAUGUGGGUGGACCUACCUGCAGUGUUAUUGCACUGAAGUGCCCGGAAAUUCAAGUGACCGUUGUUGAUAAGAGCAAGGAAAGAAUUGCGCAAUGGAAUUCACAGAAGUUACCGAUAUACGAGCCGGGCUUGGAUGAAGUAGUAGGAAAAUGUCGCGGGAAGAAUUUGUUCUUCUCCACUGACAUUGAUACAGCGAUUAAGGAGGCUGAUCUGAUAUUCAUUUCGGUAAAUACGCCGACGAAGACCUUCGGCAAUGGCAAAGGAAGAGCAGCUGACUUGAAAUAUGUGGAAAGUGCUGCCAGGAUGAUUGCGCAAGUUGCAACAGGAGAUAAGAUUGUAGUGGAAAAAAGUACCGUACCGGUAAGAGCGGCCGAGAGUAUUAUGAAUAUUCUCCGCGCCAAUCAUAAGCCAGGUGUUUCUUAUCAGAUUCUUUCGAAUCCGGAAUUUUUAGCCGAAGGAACUGCUAUAGAAGAUCUGGUAAACGCAGAUCGAGUAUUAAUUGGCGGAGAAAAUUCUCCAGAAGGGCAGGCGGCUAUCGAGGAAUUAUGUCAAAUUUAUGAACAUUGGAUACCAAGAGAAAAAAUUUUAACGACUAACACAUGGAGUUCAGAAUUGUCGAAGCUGGCUGCGAACGCUUUCCUCGCUCAGCGCAUCUCUAGCAUUAAUUCCUUGUCAGCAGUGUGCGAAGCUACAGGUGCCGAUGUGUCUGAGGUCGCUCGAGCAAUCGGACUUGAUUCUCGAAUCGGUUCCAAGUUCCUUAGCGCGUCGGUCGGUUUCGGUGGCUCAUGUUUCCAAAAAGACAUUCUAAAUUUAGUAUAUAUUUGUGAGUGUUUAAAUUUGCCCGAGGUAGCGGCAUAUUGGCAACAGGUGAUUGAUAUGAAUGAAUAUCAGAAGUCCAGAUUUUCUGCAAAAGUCAUAGAAUCUCUUUUUAACACCGUGACAGACAAGAGGAUCGCUAUGCUGGGUUUUGCCUUCAAGAAAGAUACAGGAGAUACGCGUGAAUCACCAGCAAUUCACGUCGCUAAGACGUUGUUAGAUGAAGGCGCCGUUCUUCACAUUUACGAUCCGAAGGUUGAGGAAACUCAGAUUAUUCAAGACUUGACUCAUCCAAGCAUAACGAGCAAUCCUAAAGAUGUAAAAAGUAGAAUCAGUAUUUAUAAAGAUGCUUAUAGCGCCACGAAGAAUACUCACGCCAUAGUUUUAUGUACCGAAUGGGAUGAGUUUAUCGAACUAGAUUAUACGCAGAUUUAUGCAGAUAUGAUGAAGCCAGCCUAUAUUUUCGACGGAAGGAAUAUUUUGAAUUUUGAUCGAUUGCAAAGGAUCGGUUUUAUUGUUCAAACUAUCGGUAAAAAACGUACAAGAUCAGGAAUUUCUAGAGCAUGGGGUAGCCAGACACAAAUUUAAAAAAAACGGACCAAGCAAUACUUCUAAUUUAAUAAAAAAAUGAUA